GCGCGGGCGGAGGAGCCGGGCGGCGGCAGCGGCAGCAGCGGCGGGGAGGACAGAGCUGGCUUCCUUCUGCGGCGCCCAUGGGGACAGGACGACUUUAAAGGAGUUUGGGGGGGUUCUGGCGCUGGGCGACCACGGAUCCGGCGAUUCCUACCCUUGCCUCGCCCUGUCAUUGAUGGGAAAUCAACUGGAUCGCAUCACCCACCUGAAUUACAGCGAGCUGCCGACCGGGGACCCCUCGGGGAUCGAGAAGGACGAGCUACGCGUCGGGGUGGCUUACUUCUUUUCGGAUGAGGAGGAGGACCUGGACGAGCGAGGCCAGCCAGACAAGUACGGCGUGAAGGGCUCCGGCAGCCCUGGCCAGGAGACGCCCACCCACCACCUCCACCACCAGCUGGUGCUGAACGAGACCCAGUUCUCCGCUUUCCGCGGCCAGGAAUGCAUCUUCUCCAAGGUCAGCAGCGGCCCCCAGGCUGGGGACCUCAGCGUCUACUCGGUGUCAGCCCUGCCUGCCCUCUGCAAGCCGGGGGACCUGCUGGAGCUGCUCUACCUGGGGCCGUCGGAGCACCCGCCGCCGCACUGGGCGGUGUACGUGGGCGGCGGGCAGAUCAUCCACCUGCACCAGGGGCAGAUCCGCCAGGACAGCUUGUACGAGGCGGCCGCGGGCAACGUGGGCCGGGUGGUGAAUAGCUGGUACCGCUUCCGCCCGCUGGUGGCGGAGCUGGUGGUGCAGAACGCCUGCGGGCACCUGGGCUUAAAAAGCGACGAGAUCUGCUGGACUAACUCCGAGAGCUUCGCCGCCUGGUGCCGCUUCGGGAAACGGGAGUUCAAAGCCGGGGGGGAGCUGCAGGCGGCUGCCGGCACCCAGCACCAGCAGCAGUACUAUCUCAAGAUCCACUUGGCAGAGAACAAGGUGCACACAGUGAGGUUCCACAGCCUGGAGGAUCUAAUACGCGAGAAGCGCAGGAUCGAUGCCAGUGGCAAACUGAGGGUGAUCAAAGACCUGACUAUAGUGGAUGGGAAAGAAUAGGGAGGAGUAGGAGUACAUGGCUAUCUUCUUUCUGCCCUGCCCGGGGAGACCAGCCUGCCACAGAGACAGGAGGCUACACCUUCCUUCCGUGGGACAUAACUGGAAGCAGGAUCCAUGGCAACAUUCCAAAAAAACCAGCAUUCUUUACACCCAUAGCCAGUAUUUUGUUUGGCUUUUAAUAGCAUUAAUGCUGAAAGAGCAAGAGGGAGGAAGAAAAGGGGGGAGGUGCAGGAAGGCUGUUCUCAGAAUAUGUGGACAAAGUCUCUCCUGUCAAUCGAUGUUGACCAUUCUAGCAACACGCCAAUAAAAUUUCAAAUUGAAAUUUCUUUAAUUUUUAUUUCAUGGCUUUAAUCCAUGAUAAGUUUUAAACAUCUGGGACCGUGGAUGUGGAUCUAGCUUAAUGAGAUUCUAGCUAAUACUUGCCUUGCAGUCAACCAAAAGUAUCAGUCAUACUUUGCUAACUGGGAGAGGAAGGGGGUGUUGGUGUGGGGGAUAAAUGCCUGUUUGUUUUGUUUCGUAACAUGUUGCUUCAGCCUGUAGCUGCAAUCCAAAUGUUGUCCCAGCCGAUUCUGGCAAGUAAUUUACGGGGAAAAUACUUUCAUAUUUCUGGUUGAAAUCUAUCACAUUUAAAAUAUUUGCCUUUGCUUUCUGUUUGCAGCUCCCUGCUAAAUGUCAUCAUAAUGCAUAAGCUUUUUCCACCUCUUCCCUUCUCCCAUUCUUCCUGCCGUUUUUCUUCUGAAAAAAAAAAGUUUUUGAGCAGCAGUUUUCCUCAAACUAAAUUCAUUGGUUAAAAGAAGUGGUGUAUUUUGGAAAACAGUAUACUCUGUGUUGCUCCUCAGAGAUCCAGCCUCUAGGAUCUCAUGCUUGAGCUGUGGAUUUGUAUCGCUGUAGUGAUUCUCACUGCACCACUGCUUCAAUACGUCUUCAUGCACAGGUCAACAGAAUCCUGCAAGAAACAAAUAAUUUUGAAUUCUGCAUGUUGCCUCUUUGAAACAGCAAUUUAUUACAUAUUUACAAUUCCACUUAAAGAAAGUAGAUGUAAUGUGGCCAGGUUCAUCUUGCAUUUCAAAUUCCCAGCAACUAAAAAUUCUGUUCAGUGUAAGUUUAGAAAUCCACAGCAGCAUUUAAAAGAUGCCUUUUAAUGUGAUGUGAGCAAUGCCUUGUCUGUAUUUCAGAUCCUGUUCACUCAUUGCUUAAUUCUAAGUUUUGAAUUGAAAGAUCAGAGAAUUAAAUAUAUAUAUAUCUUUAAAAAAUUCAAACAAGUAUACUGGGGCAUUUCUUUUUAUUAUUAUUCUGAGCUGCAUACAACUUGUAAUGAGCAUUUUGUCUUUGCAUGUUUCAAUGCUGGAAAGAAAAUGCAUUUGUUUUUGUCUUCUCUUCCCACAUCAAUGUCAGACAACAGAAGAGAAGUAAUACCCCUCUUUUGUAUCUACGAUACACUCCACCCCCUAUCAAUGUACUGUGUCUUUUUUUUUUUUUUUUAAUUAAACAAUGUCAUAAGCAGCCUUGUUGCAACAGUAACUUCAUUUCUACAAACAUUUGCCUCCCAUAGCUGAAGCUGUGAGGGUGGAGUGUACUUCAAGUGUCAGCAUAAAUAUCUUUAUUAAAAAAAAAAAAACAAACAAAAAAAAACCCCCAAAAAAAAACCCAAACCUCUACCCUCAAAACUGUACCCUCUCAGUGAAGGUCAUCUAACUGGCUUUGUAUUUUCUGAUACACUUGGCAAAGUUAUGUGGUAAUAGCCAGUGUUACUCUUAUCUCCUCCCCUAAAAUACCUUGUUUCGUACAGUAUAGGGUAAAAAUGUGAGUUGUAAUUACUGUUGAAAUAACCUCAAACCACAGGAUACCUUUUAAUAAAUGUGUAAUAUUUUGGCUUUAUGCAGGCAAUAGUUGCUGUUUGAUGAUGAUAGCUUUUCCCAUAACAGGAACAGAAUCUGCUACAUAGUAGUUGUGUCUCUUAAUUAUUUUACUCCAUUUGAUCUCCUAAAUUAUCUGUUAGAACUGAUUUCCCUAUACCACUUUGUGGGAGUGCUUUGGGAUUGUGGAAAAGCACUGGCUUUACAAUAAGGCACUUACAAAAAACUAAAAAGUGGUAGGAGAAGGAAAGGUGGGCAAAAGCAAUUUAUUCUAAUUUUUCCUUAUAAAAAUUAUGCUUUAGAGAUAUGAGGUUGUAAAAGUCAGGGAGAAUGACAUGAAGAGGGAAUAAGUAACAGAAUGUUAAUGAAUGAAGGCAAGAAGAAUGAAGGAGAGUCACGGUGUUAUUGCUGAUUCUUUUUCUUCAAAUUGCUGUUAGAUUAAUAGCAUAAGAUUAGACAGAGGUUCCUUACAGGAAUAGCAUUGUAUAUCCUCACUAGUGAGAAUUUAAAACAUGCUGUCUUUAAACUUUUCACUGUGCUUUCUGAAUACUCUGUCACUCUACUAAACCAUUUUAACUCUGGAUUUUUUCCAUAAGGAUUUACUAACCUGAUUCAUAAACAUGACAAUUUUCCUUGUUUUACCUAGCUAGAUGUAGAAUGGUAUUUUAUAGUAUAUAAAAGAAGUGAUAGGAACUAGUGUAUGCCUAUUUAUUCAAAAACUGUCAGAAGUCUUUGGCAUAACUCCAAAUUUGUAUAGAUAAAAUUACAACAAUAUAAGGCUUUAGUCCUUUGCAUAAGGACUGUAGAAAAUAUCUUAGGUUAAUACCAUCUGUGACUAUUUCUAAGAUAUAGUAUUACCAUGACUAUGUUCAGGUAGCAGUCUGUAAUUAACAACAAGGGUAUGCAUACACUUUCUUUUGUUGUUUUUCCUCUUGCUAGAUUUCAGUCCGGAGCUAUUGACAGCAAUCUGGUCCUGAUUCAUAGUCCAUUGAAGUUAAUGGAAAGGCUUUUGCUGGCUUCAGUGAGCUUUGGAUCAGGUUGUAAGAGAUGGAUAAAAUUUUUGGACCUUGACGAAGAGUGAAAUUUAAGAUGACACUUCAGAGAUCAGAGGGGCCACCUUUCUGAGAUGGGAGACGGGGCACGGGCAACACUGAGAAAACAAGGGAAGAAAACAGACUAGCUCUGAAACAAACAGUGUUAACCUGAGAUGGCAGUAGGGAAUCUAUGUAAAAAACUGAGUGAAGAGCAGAUAUAAAAAGUUGUUCAAUGCCUUGAAACAAGAAAUGGAAGGCCGGGGAGCAGUCAGCUGCAAGAAAGCCAAUGAUGUGAAUGACUGACAAGUAAAAAAUGUAAUUGAUUAUACUCAUCUUUCAGGAUCAGUGGCCUACUGGAGUUAACAUUUCCAUUUCCAGCAGUAAAGAUAUUGACAAAUUGUAUUAUAUCUAUGGAAUCUGUUUGCAUUCUUCAGUCUAGCUACCUAGGGUAAAUAUUUACAUCUCAUUCAUUGCUCUUGAAGUACUGACUUGUAAUAUGACAUUGCAAUGUCAGGAUACUUUGCGUGUCUUUCUUCUGUGUCACGUUUCAAGCUUUCUGUUAGUUCUUUGGGUAACGGUUCUAUACAAUUUUGCUUAGAUACAAUUUUCUUUCUCUUUUCAAAAUGCAAUCUUUUGAAUAGCUUUGAGACUAAUUUUUAUUAAAAAUUCAAUUCAUGUCCUCUUGAAACAUAGAGAGCCUUUGUGAAAUGUUUCCCUGUGAUGACCAAAAUGCUUACGGUUUGUUGACUGCAUACUGGGAGAGGACUGUAAGGAUGGGUGGCAAAAUAGGUUUUACCACUGUCAAAUUUUGUCUCCAUCUCCAUCUUAUGUUUCCAGAUUACUUUGUUUUCAUUUGUUAGAAUUCUGUUUUCCUUCCAAGUCUUAUGGUUGUAUAAAAUUAAAACAAACAAACAAAAAAAACCCAAAAAACAAAACCCCUCAUAGCAUAAAUUUUAUGGCAAUAUGCUAUUGAUCUGUAUAGUGGAUUUCAGGUUAAAAGAAGAUGUGGCCCUUGGUUUGUGGUAGAGUGUGAAGAGUCUUAAUUAUCCUGCCUCAUUUCACUUAAGUGUCUUUCAUAUUCAGGUAAGUAAUGUGCAAAACUCUGCCAGAAUUUACAGACCUGUUUAUGCGAUGUAUUGAACAUCUGUAACUCCAGGCAAUGUUGGCUGGAGUUGAAGGCACGCUGUAUCUCACUCAAGACACAUAGCAUCUUGUGAGAUCAGGUACCUCAGCCUGCCCGGUUCCUCACCCUCUAUCUGCACCUACAGAGGAAGUAGCAGUCUGGGGUAGCUGCUGCUAGUUUCAAGAUUAGCUAUUUUCUAUGAAAGAUUUCUAUUAGAGCAGCUUGUGGACAGUGUUCUGCCCAUAAUUAUACUUGGAUGUGACUAAAAAGUUUUAUAUGUUGCUGCUUAUGGUGUGAAGACAGUGUGCUUUCUGCUUUAGAACCCAGGAGAAAGAUCUAAGUGCCAGUACCAAAGAAUUAACCGAGAAAUAUAUAAGGAGGUGUGACUGGGCUACCAUGCUGAGGGCAGAUUCACUGCAGAAUUAGGGUUUAAAGGAUAAUAAUAUAUGACUACAGUGUGAUCAAGUGCUGCUGUUAGGUCAAGUGUCAGUGUUUCCAUGGCAGGUCUGGAAUUUAUUUGCUGGCUUAAUUAUUAUGAAAUUUUUAACUUUUCUGUACUUGGAUUUCAAAUUUGACAUGUAAAGCUGCCCUAUGUUCAUGGAUCCUCUGACACAAUGUAUUUUUUUUUCUGUCAGGUUUUCUUUACAGUUUUAUUGUCAAGGAAAAUAAUGAAUACUGGAAUCAAGUACUUAACUGCUUGUAAAUCAAAAAGAGAGUAGUGUAGAUGUUACGUUGAAAAAAGGGAAUGAACUAAGAAUCUUCUGUUACUGGGCAUAUCUGUGGAUUUGUUCUAGGUUAUAUAGAUAUAAUCUAUACAGAUGUAAACUGCCAGUGCUGUAUUUUUUAAAGUGGUUGUGGCUUUCUGCAUUAUCUCUUUUGCAAAAUAGUGUUAUCUUGUCUAAAUAAUCCAAAUCCCCAGUGAAAUUCUAUUUUUUUAUAUUGAAAUGCUGUUGGAAUUAGCAGUUACUUUAUCCAUAUUUACCAUUGAGAAGUAAACUAGAAUUUUUUUCCUAGGGAAUUUAUAAUUGAGGAACUAGUAAUAUGCACUUUCAUUUCUUAAUUUAUAAUAUUUUGUGAGCAAAAUGUGUCUCUCUGAAAAUGUGUAGAGGAACUAUAGAACUUCCAUUAACAGAGGCCAUGCAGAUUUAAAAUAUGCCUUUAUAUAUUUUUUUUCAUAUUUUUAUUAUGGGGCCUUGGGGCAUUUCUGAUUCUGCAGAUGAUCUAUGUAUGUAAAACUGUUUGCAGGAUCAGGAUCUUUAAAAUAAAAGAUCUAUCCCCUUCAUGGGGCAUUUACUUUGGGCUAAAAUCAAGGAGUAGGACUAGUGAGGAUCAAGGCCUCAGCAUCAACCUCCUAUAGAAUUUAAUGGAAGGUUCGUGUGUGAUGUCUACCAGAAGGGCCUUAAUUAUGUUUUCUUACUUGUACAUAUAGUAAUCAUCUAUGCAAAUUUUCCCAGGUGAAGUGGGUUAAUGCUUUUCAAACAUCCCUUUAACUUUCUCUUGUGUGUCUGUGUGGGUAUAUGUGUUGGCCACAAAUAGAAAAUUGAAGUUUAGAGUACAGGCUUGAGCUUCUGUGCUGCAGAAGUGCUGCAGAGCCAAUAUCUCCAGCUCUUUUGACAGGAACUCAGGUGGACUUUUGAAACAGUGUGGGUGCAGCAGGAAAGGGUAGGAGAGUUUGCAGUUAAACUUCAGGCUGUUCAAGGAAGAUGUUCAGAGACAAGCUUGAAAUUCCAUUCUUUCUCUUCUCCAAGGUGUAUGAGGGUGAGUAACUGCACACCUCAUGCAUAAAACCAUUCACACUUUGGAGACCCAUGCUACUGCCUAGGCAAAAUAGGGUGAGUGCAGUGUCUCAACAGCAUUAAGUAGCAAAUAAUUUUUCAGUUUAAACACUAUUUGGAUACAGUGUGGCAUUAGCAAUCCAUUUUGAAAGUCACAUUUUUAAGCUUGUAAACUAAGCAGCAUAAUGUUUAUAAAUGGGAGACCUCAAUAAUCCUUCUUGGUAAUUUCUAUACUGCAGAGGUAAGAGUCUGUUCCCAGUUUGUGUAAAAAAAAAAAAGAGUAACCCUGCCUCGAAAAAAUUAUCAUAGAAUACAAUUAGGAAAUAAAUUUAACAAUCAAACCCCAGAUUUAGUUCUGACAUGACACUAUCACUACUGCAGGUAAAUAUCUUACAGCGUGAAUAAAUACAAUUUGCUGCAUUGUGACACUUCUUCACAACAGAGUAUUUUAUGCCACAGAAGGAAUAUUUCUUGUAUGUUAUUCAACAUGAGUAAACAUAUCACAAUCUGGUCUUAAAACAGAUCUUUUUUUCCAUAUGUCCCUAUUGUUUCCAUAUGCCCUUUCAGUCAACUGAAAGCAAUAUAAAAACUAAACCUGAAAAAUAUACUAAUUGUUUGUAAAUAUUUAAGCAGAAAUUUAUAUGCAUAUUUACAUACAACUAAUAGAUGUAUAUACAUAAGAUUUGCAUAUAUGCAGAUAUGCAAUACAUAUAUUAUGCAUACACACACAAGAAGUCUUGACUAUUUUGUUAGUAUUGGUAACAAAUGGCAGUCAUUUCAGUAUGUAUAUUAUCUGUGCAACAGAUGGAUACCCAAGACUUCGCUGACAGGAUUUUAACACUAUUCAAAUGUUUGUUCUUUAGGGUAUGCCAUGGUCUUCUGACAUCAAGAGCAGUGAGUUAAAUAUGUGGGUUUUGACAUAUUGCUACUUACUGGAGGAAAAAUAUCAAGAAACACUACACUUUGCAAUAAUGAAGUACCCUUUUAGAAUGAACUGUGCUGCUACUGACUUCUGUAUUUAUAAAUAAAAGAAUGAUCUAGUGAAGUAUCCAUCCAUUUUUCUCUUUGGCAUCUUUAAAUGGAUAGUACCACAAAGGUUUUUUCAUAGUUUGAAUGUGUUCCUCCUCUCUGUAAUAUUUUGGAAAUUUGCAGUGUUCUGUUGUUCAGACAUGCUCAACUAUUGUUGUGUAGUUGUUUCUGAAGUAAAGAAGUGGCUGGCAUUGA